CCGGUGAUAAAGAUAUAGGUACUGUUAUUGUUUAUUAGCUUAAAUCAGUUGUGAUAUAGCCGCAGAUAGUGAAACAUUGUGAUUGUGGAUGUGUUUUAAAUUAUAAACAGACAAAUAAGUUAUGGCGACGAAGCCCAAAACGCCUGGGUUUCAAGGGUUAGACGACAGUGACGACUCGGAGUCCGAGUAUACUCCGCUCUACGACGACGUUGACGAUACAAAUCAAAGAACAACUCAAGAAACGAAAGGAUGGAACCUGUUCCGAGAGUUUCCCGUGAAGAAGGAGAGUGGGUCCAUGGCAUCAACAGCCUGGAUAGACACCAGCGUAAAGUUCCUUAAAGUUCUGGCUUACAUUAUCACCUUCUGCGUUGUUCUUGGAUCAGCUGUCAUAAGUAAAGGAACACUGCUUUUCAUCACAUCACAGCUGAAAAAAGGGAAAGAAAUAAGCCACUGUAAUAAACAAUUAGCCUUGGACCAGCAGUUUAUAACAGUACACACACUGGAAGAGAGGAUAGCAUGGCUAUGGGCAGCCUUCAUAGCAUUUAGCAUACCGGAGUUGGGUGUAUUUUUGAGAUCAGUCAGAAUAUGCGCAUUCAAAACUGUUCACAAACCAACAUUUCUACAGUUUGCGUUGGCACUUCUUAUAGAAACACUACACACGAUUGGGAUAGCAUUACUCGUGCUUAUGAUCCUACCAGAACUGGACGUAGUAAAAGGGGCAAUGUUGAUGAACGCAAUGUGUUUCGUGCCAGGGGUUCUCAGCGCGAUUUCAAGGGACCGUACUGAACCCCGCUACACUAUGAAGAUUGUUAUAGAUGUUUUGGCAAUAUCAGCGCAAGCUACGGCCUUCGUGGUCUGGCCUCUUCUUAGAGGCACUGAUAUACUGUGGACCAUCCCUGCAGCAUGUGCUUUUAUUCCGCUCGCCUGGUGGGAAAAUUAUGUCGGCACUACGGGAAAUCAGUGGUCAGUUUUACUGCCUCUACAACAGCUGCGCGAUAGCCUCAAAAGAACGCGGUAUUACACACAGAGAGUGCUAUCAAUAUGGAAGAUAUUGGUUUUCAUGUGUGUAAUACUGGUCUCUCUAUAUAUUCAAGAAGAUGACCCGAAAACUUUCUUCACCUUAUUAACUACUGCUUUUGGGGAGCGUGAUUAUACUGUCCACGAGGUUCAAGCCAUCCAGGACACGAUCGAUGGCUUCUUGGGUUUCGAGGUAACGGGAAACAAAUUGGAACUAUCAGCUUCCUCGAGUAGUCCACUAUGGGUGGUCCUGAUCCAAGUGUUAUCCGCAUACGUUUGCUACGGCGCUGCAAAGUUCGCUUGCAAGAUCCUCAUUCAGAACUUCAGUUUUACUUUCGCCUUAAGUCUUGUUGGGCCAGUUACGAUUAACUUACUUAUUCUGUUCUGUGGUAUGAGGAAUGCGGAUCCCUGUGCUUUCCAUCGGACAAUACCUAAUAAUUUGUUCUUCGAAAGUCCUCCAGUGUACUUCAUUAACCAAUUCAUAGUUGGUGAGAUGGCUUGGGUGUGGAUCCUGUGGCUGGUUUCCCAGGCGUGGGUGACGGCGCACACUUGGCAGCCGCGUUGCGAGCGACUCGCCGCCUCUGACAAACUCUUCGCUAAGCCUUGGUAUUGCAGCAUCAUUUUAGAUCAAGCCUUGCUCUUGAAUAGAACCAAGGAUGAUGAUAAUGAUAUCUCUGUUGAUGACAUAAGAGGCCCGGGUGAUGAUACUAUAUCUAUAGCCAGCACAGACAAAGUGAUUAAGGAUGUGAAGCCAUCGGACAGUAUAUCCAGGAUCUACGUAUGCGCGACGAUGUGGCACGAAACAAAAGAGGAAAUGGUAGAAUUCUUGAAAUCCAUUUUCCGUUUAGACGAAGACCAAAGUGCACGUCGAGUCGCUCAAAAAUAUCUGGGAAUCGUUGAUCCCGAUUACUACGAACUAGAGGUGAACAUUUUUAUGGACGAUGCUUUCGAAGUGUCAGAUCACAGUACGGAAGACAUGCAAGUUAACCGUUUCGUCAAAUGUUUGGUUGAAACUAUGGACGAAGCGGCGUCCGAGGUACAUCUGACUAAUGUAAGGUUAAGACCCCCCAAAAAGUACCCAACACCUUAUGGCGGCCGACUUGUGUGGACCCUACCCGGAAAGAACAAACUGAUUUGCCAUUUGAAAGAUAAAGGGAAAAUAAGGCAUAGGAAACGAUGGUCUCAGGUCAUGUACAUGUACUACUUCUUGGGCCACCGUUUGAUAGACCUGCCAAUAUCCGUAGACCGCAAGGAGGUUAUCGCUGAAAACACGUACUUGCUUGCUUUAGACGGAGACAUUGACUUUAAGCCUGCCGCAGUGACUUUGCUUAUCGAUCUUAUGAAGAAGGAUAAAAAUUUGGGCGCGGCGUGCGGACGUAUUCAUCCUGUGGGCUCUGGCUUCAUGGCAUGGUAUCAAAUGUUCGAGUACGCUAUCGGACAUUGGCUGCAAAAGGCGACUGAACACAUGAUUGGAUGCGUACUCUGUAGUCCUGGAUGCUUCUCUCUGUUCAGAGGAAAGGCUUUGAUGGACGAUAACGUUAUGAAGAAAUACACGCUGACUGCUCACGAAGCCAGGCAUUUUGUGCAGUAUGAUCAAGGAGAGGAUCGUUGGCUUUGUACCUUACUGCUCCAGCGCGGCUACCGAGUCGAGUACUCGGCCGCGUCUGACGCCUUCACACAUUGUCCGGAACAUUUUGACGAAUUCUUCAACCAGCGCAGAAGAUGGGUACCCUCUACUAUGGCGAACAUUUUUGAUUUACUUGGUGACUCGAAGAGGACAAUCAAAGUCAAUGAUAAUAUAUCGACCCUGUAUAUUCUGUACCAGAGUAUGUUAAUGUUUGGUACAAUCCUCGGGCCGGGGACCAUCUUCCUUAUGAUGGUGGGUGCGAUGAACGCCAUCACUCAGAUGAGUAUGAUGAACGCAUUGCUACUGAACUUGAUACCCGUUCUCACAUUCCUCAUUGUUUGUAUGACUUGCAAGGCGAAAACCCAGUUAUUCCUGGCUAAUGUGAUCACGUGUCUUUACGCCAUGGUGAUGAUGAUGGUUAUAGUCGGUAUCGCCAUGCAGAUCGUGGAAGACGGAUGGUUAGCGCCAUCUAGUAUGUUCACAGUUGUAACAUUCGGCGCGUUCUUUGUAACAGCCGCGCUACACCCUCAAGAAAUCAUUUGUUUACUGUAUAUCUUUGUAUACUAUGUUACUAUCCCCAGUAUGUACAUGUUGUUGAUUAUAUACUCGUUAUGUAAUCUGAAUAAUGUAACUUGGGGGACGAGGGAAGUGGUUCAGAAGAAGACUGCUAAGGAACUGGAACAAGAGAAAAAGGAGGCUGAAAUGGCGAAAAAGAAGUUGGAUAACCAGAACGUGCUGAAGUUGUUCGGUAAGGGGGGAGAUGAGACGAGCGGCAGUUUGGAAUUCAGCGUGGCUGGCCUGUUCCGCUGUAUGUGCUGCACUAACCCCAAGGACCAUAAGGAGGACCUGCACUUACUGCAGAUCUCCCACUCCAUGGAGAAGAUUCAGAAGCAAUUGGAAUUGCUCGGCGCGUCUGUGGAAGCGGUAGAAGCUACAGAUAGGCGGCGGUCAUCAGCCGCCAUGCUGCGGCGCCCGUCCGCCGGCCUGCCCAUGGUGCCCGAAGACGAUGAUGAUGACAGCGAACUCUCUGUCAACACGCCAAGAGAAAUACGUGAAGAUCUAGUAAACCCGUACUGGAUAGAAGACCGAGACCUGCAGAAAGGAGAAGUAGACUUCCUGACCACAGCAGAGACUGAAUUCUGGAAGGAUCUUAUCGAUGUCUACUUAACGCCAAUCGAAGAAAACGAAGAGGAAAUUAAACGUAUUAAAACUGACUUGAAGAACCUUCGUGACAAGAUGGUAUUUGCGUUUGUGAUGGUGAACGCGCUUUUCGUCAUAGUUAUAUUCUUGCUGCAAAUAAACCAGGACCAGUUGCACUUCAAGUGGCCGUUUGGACAGCAAUCCAGUAUCGAAUAUGACAGUGAUACUAAUAUGUUCCAAAUCCAACAAGACUUCUUGACGCUCGAGCCGAUUGGGUCGGUAUUCUUGAUUUUCUUCGGGACAGUCAUUCUCAUACAGUUUACCGCCAUGCUGUUACAUAGGAUGGGCACACUCACCCAUCUACUCUCUAUCACGAACCUCAACUGGUACUUCAACAAGAAACCCGAAGACCUAUCAGAGAACGCGCUCAUAGACAGUCAUGCGAUAGAGAUAGCGAAGGACCUGCAACGUCUGAACACGGAUGACUUGGAUCGGAAUGGGUACAUUGAUGAUCAUGUAUCCCGUAGGAAGACCAUUCAUGACUUAGAGAAGUCCAAAAAUAACAAACAAGGCGCUAUCAAUCUGGAUGCCAACUUCAAGAGACGGCUGACCAUUCUGCAGAAGGGCGAUGCUUCCAUUAUCUCCCGCUUACCAUCCUUGGGAGCAAACCCAGAAGUGCGUCGUGCAACUCUCCGCGCUAUCAAAACUCGCCGCGACUCCGUCGUAGCCGAGCGCCGCCGCUCACAGCUGCAGGCAGCCAGGAACUCUACCAACGACUUCCUCUACAUCCCACCUGGUACUCCUAUUGAUGAUAUGAGCGGGCGGCCGUCGACAGCCGGCGCGUACUUGAACCGUGGUUACGAGCCAGCGCUGGACAGCGAUGAAGAGGGCACGCCGCGUCCGAGACGAUCAAGCGUUUGGUUUGGAACCAACACCAGAAAUUAAAGCACUCCUGAGAUAUUCAUGCACGACGAGGAAGGUUAACAAAAGAUAAUCUUCGAUGUCGCGUAUGUUUUGUCAAUGACACCUACCCGCGUCCCAGGAGGACGCGGAGGAGUUAAGACCUAGAUAUAUAGAUACCAAAAGUAAAAUGAAUUCCAGUGAAUGUUUCGUAAUAAUUUUGUUUUAACUGAAAAUGUCUAUGAACUGGACUGAAUUGUGAUUGAAAACAUUAAAAUCGUUUAUCUAAAUUAUA